GCGCGGCGGAGGCCUUAGGCCAAGCGCUACCGGCUCCGGGGCUGAAAAUGCUCGCCCGACUCGGCGCGCUCUAGGGGUUCAGUACUGGGCCCGUACUCUCCGCUUUCCCGCCUGCCCCGCCCCCACUGCGCUCGCCCCGCCCCACGCGGCCACCUGCUACCCAGAGCGCACCAGUGGAGGGCGCGGGAGCGCGCGCCCCGGCGCUAGCAAGGCCGGGAGGAUGGCGCGGGCCUCGCUGAUACAGCCGGGGCUCUGGGCGCUGCUGUUGCUGCAGGCAGUGGGCCCCGCCGUGGCCGCCAAGCUUAACAUUCCCAAGGUGCUGCUGCCCUUUACGCGAGCCACGCGCGUGAACUUCACUCUGGAAGCUUCUGAGGGCUGCUACCGCUGGUCAUCCACACGGCCAGAGGUAGCCAGCAUAGAGCCAUUGGGCUCUAGUGAACAGCAGUGCUCCCAGAAGGCAGUGGUGCAGGCCCGCCUGACCCAGCCAGCCCGCCUGACCAGCAUCAUCUUUGCAGAAGACAUCACUACAGGCCAGGUGCUGCGCUGCGACGCCAUUGUUGAUCUCAUCCACGGCAUUCAGAUUGUCUCUACCACCCGUGAGCUCUAUCUUGAGGACUCUCCGCUGGAGCUGAAGAUCCAGGCUCUGGACUCAGAAGGGAAUACCUUCAGUACCCUGGCAGGCCUGGUCUUUGACUGGACAAUUGUGAAGGAUACAGAGGCCAAUGGAUUCUCAGACUCCCACAAUGCACUACGAAUCCUCACCUUCUUGGAAUCUACAUAUAUCCCGCCUUCCUACAUCUCAGAGAUGGAGAAGGCAGCCAAACAAGGCGACACCAUCCUGGUGUCUGGGAUGAAGACUGGAAGCUCCAAGCUCAAGGCUAGAAUUCAGGAGGCUGUCUACAAGAAUGUUCGCCCUGCGGAAGUCAGGCUGCUGAUCUUGGAGAACAUCCUUCUGAAUCCAGCCUAUGAUGUUUACCUACUGGUGGGGACGUCCAUUCACUACAAGGUUCAGAAGAUCAGGCAGGGCAAGAUUACAGAACUCUCAAUGCCUUCCGAUCAGUACGAGCUGCAGCUCCAGAACAGCAUCCCAGAUCCCCAGGGAGACCCUGCCCGUCCUGUGGCCGUCCUGACCCAGGACACAUCAAGAGUCACUGCCAUGCAGAUGGGACAGAGCAACCUGGUCCUGGGCCACAGGAGCAUCCGUAUGCAAGGAGCUUCUAGGCUGCCCAACAGCACCAUCUAUGUGGUUGAAGCCGGGUACCUAGGCUUCACAGUUCACCCUGGUGACAGGUGGGUGCUUGAGACUGGACAUCUGUAUGCAGUUACCAUCGAAGUAUUUGAUAGAUCCAGCAACAAGGUCUACCCGUCUGACAACAUCCGAAUUGAAGCUGUGUUUCCUGCUGAGUUUUUUGAGGUUCUGUCAUCUUCCCAGAAUGGGUCUUAUCAUCAUGUCAGGGCUAUCCAGAGUGGCCAGACGACCAUCAGUGCAAGCCUCACCUCUGUGGUGGACCAGGAUGGUGGAGUCCAUGUGCUUCAGGUACCUGUGUGGAACCAGCAAGAAGUAGACAUUCAUAUACCCAUCACACUCUAUCCCAGCAUCCUGACGUUUCCAUGGCAACCAAAGACAGGAGCCUAUCAAUAUACUAUAAAGGCCCAUGGGGGCAGUGGGAACUUCACCUGGUCUUCCUCGAGCUACAUGGUUGCCACGGUUACUGUCAAGGGUGUCAUGACCACAGGCGGUGACACUGGCCUCAGUGUGAUCCGGGCACAUGAUGUUCAGAACCCUCUCCAUUUUGGUGAGAUGAAGGUGUAUGUGAUUGAGCCCAGCAGCAUGGAGUUUGCCCCGUGCCAGGUGGAGGCUCGAGUGGGUCACACCCUGGAGCUGCCCCUGACAAUCAGUGGCCUCAUGCCCGGUGGGAGCAGCGAGGUGGUCACCCUGAGCGACUGCUCCCAUUUUGACCUGGUGGUGGAGGUGGAGAACCAGGGUGUGUUCCAGCCAUUGCCAGGGAGGCUGCCACCAGGGCCUGAGCACUGCAGUGGAGUCAAAGUGAGAGCUGAUGCCCAGGGGUCCACUACCCUCCUUGUCAGCUACACACAUGGCCAUGUGCACUUGGGUGCAAAGAUCACUCUUGCUGCCUACCUGCCCCUCAAGGCUGUGGAUCCCUCUUCUGUUGCUGUGGUAACCCUGGGAUCCUCAAAGGAGAUGCUGUUUGAAGGAGGCCCCAGGCCAUGGGUCCUGGAACCUUCCAAAUUCUUUCGGAAUGUCACUUCUGAAGACACAGGCAGCAUCAGUCUCUCUCUCUUGGGUCCUCCAGCCUCUCGGAAUUACCAGCAGCACCGGGUCCUUGUGACCUGCCAGGCCCUGGGUGAGCAGGUCAUCGCCCUGUCUGUGGGGAACCGGCCCAGCCUCUCUAACCCCUUCCCUGCUGUGGAGCCCACUGUGGUGAAAUCCGUCUGCGCCCCACCGUCCAGGCUUACUCUCAUGCCUGUCUAUGCCCUCCCGCAGCUCGACCUCUCUUGUCCAUUGCUGCAGCAGAAUAAGCAGGUGGUUCCAGUAUCCAGUCACCGCAAUCCCCUGUUAGACCUGGGUGCUUAUGACCAACAAGGCCGGCGAUUCGAUAACUUCAGCUCUCUGAGCAUCCAGUGGGAGUCCUUUCGGCCACUGCUGGCCAGCAUUGAGGUUGACCAGCCCAUGCAGCUGGUAUCCCAGGAUGAUGGGAAUGGCCAAAAGAAACUACAUGGUUUGCAGACAGUUUCGGUUCACGAGGCAUCAGGAACCACAGCCAUCUCUGCCACGGCGACUGGCUACCAGCAGUCCCACCUGAGUGCAGCCGGAGUGAAGCAGCUGCGUGACCCUCUAGUACCUGUGUCAGCCUCCAUUGAGCUUAUACUCGUAGAGGAUGUGAGGGUCAGUCCAGAAGAAGUGACCAUCUAUAACCAUCCUGGUGUCCAGGUAGAACUCCACAUCACAGAAGGCUCUGGCUAUUUCUUCCUCAACACAAGCACCCAGGACAUCAUCAAUGUGGCCUACCAGGACACCCGGGGCGUGGCUAUGGUGCAUCCUCUGUUCCCAGGCUCAUCAACUGUCAUGGUCCAUGACUUGUGCCUGACCUUCCCAGCCCCAGCAAAGGCCACCAUUCAUGUCUCCGACAUCCAGGAGCUCUAUGUCCGAGUGGUGGACAAGGUGGAGAUCGGGAAGGCUGUCAAGGCCUAUGUCCGUGUGUUGGACUUCUACAAGAAGCCUUUCCUGGCCAAGUACUUCACCUUUAUGGACCUGAAGCUGCGAGCAGCCUCCCAGAUCAUCACGCUGGUGACUCUGGAUGAAGCUCUAGACAAUUACACGGCCACAUUCCUUGUGCACGGCGUGGCCAUUGGCCAAACCAGCCUGUCGGCAAGUGUGACGGACAAAUCUGGGCAGAGAGUCAGCUCCACCGCACAACAGAUCGAGGUCUUCCCCCCAUUCAGACUGAUACCAAGGAAGGUGACACUGAUUAUUGGAGCCAUGAUACAGAUCACCUCCGAGGGCGGCCCCCAGCCUCAGUCCAACAUCCUCUUCUCCAUCAACAAUGAGAGUGUGGCUGCAGUGAGCAGCGCCGGGCUGGUGCGUGGGCUCAUGGUUGGCAAUGGCUCUGUACUGGGAGUUGUGCAGGCAGUGGAUGCCGAGACUGGCAAGGUCAUCAUCGUCUCCCAGGAUCAUGUGGAAGUAGAGGUGCUACAGCUCCAGGCAGUGAGGAUCCGAGCCCCGAUCACACGAAUGAGGACCGGGACCCAGAUGCCUGUCUAUGUCACCGGGAUCACCAGCAACCAGAGCCCUUUCUCCUUUGGCAAUGCUGUGCCAGGCCUGACCUUCCACUGGUCUGUCACCAAGAGGGAUGUCCUGGACCUUCGAGGACGGCACCAUGAGGUGUCAAUCCGGCUCUCGCCUCAGUACAAUUUUGCCAUGAAUGUGCAUGGCCGGGUGAAAGGUCGGACUGGACUGCGGGUGGUGGUCAAAGCUCUGGACCCCACAGCUGGGCAGCUGCAUGGUCUCGGCAAGGAGCUCUCAGAUGAGAUCCAAAUUCAGGUAUUUGAAAAACUGCGGCUGCUGAACCCUGAAGUAGAAGCAGAACAAAUACUAAUGUCACCUAACUCGUUUAUAAAGCUGCAGACAAACAGGGAUGGUGCAGCCAUUCUGAGCUACCGGGUCCUCGAUGGGCCUGAGAAGGCUCCCAUCGUGCACAUUGACGAGAAGGGCUUUCUGGUGUCCGGCUCUGGGAUUGGAGUGUCCACCCUCGAAGUGAUUGCACAGGAGCCUUUCGGCACCAACCAGACUGUCCUUGUCGCUGUAAAGGUCUCUCCUAUUUCAUACCUGAGGAUCUCCAUGAGCCCAGUCCUGCACACUCAGCACAAGGAGGUGCUGACAGCUCUGCCUCUGGGGAUGACUGUGACCUUCACUGUCCACUUCCAUGACAGCUCUGGAGACAUCUUCCACGCUCAUAAUUCAGACCUCAAUUUCGCUACUAACAGAGAUGACUUCGUGCAGAUUGGCAAGGGGGCCACCAACAACACCUGCAUCAUCCGCACAGUCAGUGUGGGCUUGACACUGCUCCACGUGUGGGAUGUGGAACAUCUCGGCCUCUCCGACUUCGUGCCACUACCUGUCCUGCAGGCCAUCACCCCAGAGUUGUCUGGAGCUGUGGUGGUGGGCGACAUCCUCUGCCUGGCUAGCGUUCUCAUUAGCCUGGGAGGUGUCUCAGGGACCUGGAGCUCCUCAGCUGGCAAUGUCCUCUAUGUUGACCCCAAGACAGGCGUGGCUAUAGCCCGAGAUGCAGGGCCUGUGACUGUUUACUAUGAAAUCGCUGGACAUCUGAAGACCUUCAAGGAGAUAGUGGUCGUCACCCCUCAGAAGAUUGUGGCCCGUCGCCUCCACGCCACGCAGACCAGUAUCCAGGAAGCCACAGCCUCUAAAGUGACUGUCAGCGUGGGAGACAGGAGCUCUAACCUACUUGGUGAGUGCUCCUCUGCCCAGCGAGAGGCCAUAGAAGCCUUGCACCCAGAGUCCCUCAUCAGCUGCCAACUCCAGUUCAAGCAAGAUGUCUUUGACUUCCCUGCUCGUGACAUCUUCUCUGUGGAACCAGGAUUUGAUACUGCACUGGGCCAGUACCUCUGCUCGGUUACUAUGCACAGACUGACAGAUAAGCAACUGAAGCACUUGAACAUGAAGAAGACAUCACUGGCGGUCACCGCCUCCAUGCCUAGCAGCCGUACAUCUGUAGAAAAGGUGGGAGCUGAGGUCCCCUUCAGUCCAGGGCUCUAUGCCAACCAGGCAGAAAUCCUUUUGAGCAACCACUACCCCAGCUCCGAGGUCAAGAUCUUCGGUGCUGUGGAAAUUCUGGAAAACUUGGAGGUGAGGUCCGGGUCCCCAGCAGUGCUAGCCUCCGUGAAAGAGAAGUCAUUUGGACUGCCCAGCUUCAUCACGUACACAGUUGGUGUCUUGGAUCCCACAGCUGGCAGCCAAGGCCCUCUGUCCACUGCCCUGACCUUCUCCAGUCCUGCCACUAACCAGGCCAUCACCAUUCCAGUCACUGUGGCCUUUGUGUUGGAUCGUCGUGGGCCUGGUCCCUAUGGAGCCAGCCUCCUGUCACACUUCCUGGACUCCUAUCAAGUCAUGUUCUUCACCUUUUUUGCCCUGCUGGCUGGGACAGCAGUCACCAUUAUAGCCUACCACACGGUCUGUGCACCCCGGGAACUUGCUUCACCACUGGCCCUCACGCCCCAUGCCAGCCCUCAGCACAGCCCCCACUGUGAGUACCACAGCCACAAGCACAGCCUAGAGCGCUGCCACCAGAGUCAUUUCCUGGGGAAGGGUGGGAUCCAGGCCCUGAACCCUAGUUUUCACAGCCUGUGUCAGAGCAAAGGGGAAAGUUAGGGCUGAGCCCCAGGGACACAUGUGCCAGGGACAAGGGUGUCACACGGACUCAGAGACUAGUCCUGACUCCUCAGAGGUGUCCACAGCAGGCAGUGGGAUGGGAGGAGUUGGUAGAGGCUGGGCUGUCUAAGCAGGUGAAUUCCAGAAGAGACAGACAGGGCUACCACUGAGAGGUCAAAUUGGGAUAGGAGGAUGUCCUGAUGAGAGAGACACCCCCUCCCAGAGAAAGAAAAGCCUACUCCUUUUGAUAAUCUAUUUGUCUCUGAUGGCCUAGUCUUGGUCACCUCUACAAUUCCUGGGGUACCUCUCUCCAAGAGUCUCCUGAACUGUGCAGUGUCCUACCCGUGCAGUGGUACCCAGCAGCCCUUUGGCUCCCACUUGGUAGUCUGAUGCCUGUGUAAGAGGCCCUUGAGCUAGUGUCUGCUCAUCUCAGUGUCACAGAGUUUUGGUGAGAGGACGGUUUUAUGACCAGAAGCACUGUCCCUGGGAGACACAACACACACACACACACACACACACACACACACACACACACACACACACACACACACACACACAGACACACACCCUGGGAUCCCAGCAGGGUGGUGGCUGUCCUUGUGACUUUGGCUUGUUGCAUAGCUGUUCUGCUACAGUCCUUUCUAACCCUUCCUCCCAGUGUUUGUUGAAAUUACCAUAGGGACUUAGUAACGUCUCCCUAAGUUCCUUUUUCACUUGUCUCCAGGUCCUUGUUACUACAGCACUGUUCUCAAGAGUCUCGUUCUUCCAUCCUCUUGGCCAACCCUUGGAAAAAUAACAUAUGUCAUGUGACCCACCCCAGACUCUGGCUGAGCUCAGGAAGGUCAGAGGUCAUGCUCCAGGCUGAGUGGAUGGAGACACACACACACACACACACACACACACACACACACACGUACAUACAUAGGCUAUAUAUAGUGUCUUGGUACCAAGGACCAUGAUUUUAUCCUCUUUCAAAAACCCUAUACAUUCCAGUAAAUCUCAUCCACACCCCCGCCGCAGGAUUUAGCCUACUCUAGCUCAUAGAGUGUUCAUUGGAGACAGAUUUCCUCAAGUGGGAAUUGGAAGACAGGAGGCUGCUGGGUACAGAAAGCACAGGUUGAGCAGUAUAAUCUCCCAUGCCUGCCCUGGCCCUGUCGGUUUCUGCUGUCCCAGGUAUGUGCCCCUGGCAUGCUGCGGGCACACACUGUGGUGGGGAUAUUGGUGCUUACUCCUCCUUACUCACUCCCAUUUCCUCCCUAGAUCUUGCCUCAUCCCCGACUGCUUUCAACACACUGCCUUCUGAUCGCAAAGCCAGCCCUCCCUCAGGGCUCUGGAGCCCAGCCUAUGCCUCUCACUAGGCAGUGUGCAGGGCUGGUAUUGCUACACAGCUGAACUGACACCUGGACAAAAGGGUCACUGUCGUUUUCACACGGUAAAACCACGCCUGGGCCCUAGGCCAUCCUCACUGCCCUGGCUGUGCUGAACCACUGCCUGAUUCACACAAGCAAGGGUUUUUAAUUUGUUUGCUUUUAAUUCUCUUUCCAAGCCUUGAGGGCCAGGGCUUCCUGGUUCCCUCUUUCUCAUGUGGCGUGCAGGAUAUGGGGGUGCUGCUUAGUCUUGUUUUUGUAAUGCUCAAGAAAGCUCACUCUCUGUUCAUGGCUUUAAGUGGCUGGAAGCUGUCUACAUCAUCUACAGAUGAUGCCAUCAUAGCGAUCUCAGGGAAAGGAUGUCCUCAUCACUCCUGGGGAUUUCGUGGUGCUUGGAAUAGAACCCAGGGUCUCACGCCUGCUUGCCAAUUGUUUGUCCACUGGCACGUGCACACACCAGCCCUUUUUUGUUUUGUUUUGUUUUGUUUUCAUGAAUACUUGUCCUGCUGCUACUAGGAAAUGUGGAGGACAAGCAGGUGUGGGUGUCCCCUAGGGGACACUGCCCAGAGCCCUGUGCUGUCUGAGCCUUACUGUGCUUGUUACUGAGCCUCAGCAGAGUAGCUCUCCUGUUUUGGCAGAAGGGCUUCUGUCACUGGUGUUGGAGUGCCUCUCGCUCUCCCUGACGCAGCUUGGGAAGAGCAGAGCAUUGUUGGCCCUGCCCUGAAGCCACUGGCGGGGAUCUUCUAAUCUCUGGCUUUGUUCUGAGAUGCUGCUAUGAGUUGUGGAGCCGAGAGACCCAGUGUGGUCUCUUCUUCUGCCCUGGAAGACCCCGAACACAGUACCUUGGUGGAUGUGAACCACCCUAUUCGCCCUCCUCUCCUCCUCCUCUGCCACCAGCGCUCUCCUAGCUGGCCCAGGAACAGAAGAGGAUUCCUUGAGUCUACAACUUCACAUCUGAACUCAGGGACAUGGCCACUCUGCUUCAGGUUCAGGUGCUGUGGCACUGUCGGAGCCAGAACCUCACGAGUGGACGUGUAUGGGCACCACAUCAGUCACCAAGAGUUCAGCCAGCCUUUGAAGGUCUUAUGUGGUUCCUUGUAUCCUUUGAGACUGAGCCACAAGAUGGACUUUUCUGGAGCUGGGGACAGAGGAUUUGUGUCCAGCCUGUCGCUUAAUCUCUCCCUGGAGUUAUGGAGUCUGCCCUGCAUUUGUUUAAUAAAGUUCUGUGUAGUUUCUUAAAGGA